ACGACCACACAGGACGCCUGACCAUGUGGAAUAUUAAACUUUACGCUAUUUUAAUUCUUGCGUCACUUAGCCAGUUUCCGUCCAUAGCAGUUCAGGACAGUGGUGGACGGGGGUCAGGGAAGGUUGUGAUGAUAGGCUUGGAUUCUUUGGAGUUAGGUUGUAAGGUAUCUUGGCCGCUUGGUCACGCGUUGUGUACGGGACGAAACAUAACUUCAGUGCCGCAGGAUCUGUCGGAAAACAUCACGCAAUUGACUCUUGCCUACACAGCCAUAGAUGAAAUAAAAAAGAACGAUUUUGAACGUUAUCGCCAGUUAGAUAAAUUGUAUAUCACGGAAGAUGACAGCCUGAAGGAGAUCGAGCCCUUUGCCUUUGACAGCCUCCGAAGAACCUUGCUAAAACUUGAGCUUGAACUCCUUCCGAAACUGUUCAAAAUAAAGAGUGGCAUUCUGUGGAAGUUCUUCAAAUUACAGGAACUAAUCAUAUACAAAUGUGGACUGCAGAUGUUUCCGAAUCUUUCGCGGUUACACAACAACGGGUCGAUACAACAGUGGGUUAGCAUUCAGAUGCAAGACAAUAACAUCACCACCAUCCCUGCCUACACAUUCAGAAACGUCCAUGCCUAUGACGUAAAAAUUGGUGGAACGCGUCUGAAGGAAAUCCAAGACUAUGCUUUCUGGGGCGCCAAGAUCCAAAAGCUCUAUUUUGCCCAAAGUCCAAAUCUUGCGGAGUUGGGAGAGCGGGCGUUUGACAACAUCACGUCGCUCACACACCUUGACCUCUCCAACACCUCCAUCACACGCCUCCCAUCAGUUGGUCUUCACUACAUCAGGGAACUGGUUGUGCGGAACACACCCUCGCUGAGAAAACUGCCCUCUGUCGGAGCGUUCUGGAACAUCGAGAGAGCUGAUGUGACCUACUCGUCGCAUUGUUGUGCUUUCAAAUACCCGGACAGACAAAGUCCGGAGGAAUAUGACAAAUAUCAAAAAAUGCAUCGGAAAUCGAUGGAGAAAUCAGGGAAAGGGAUAAAGUUCUGCAACCAAUCGGCAAGUGAUGCCGGAGCUUGGGUCAGCUCCGUCACAUCGAGCGACCCUCUCUUUAUAGCUGACGAAAAAACACCAGUACGGAGACGCAUUAGGAGUUUGAAUGGGGUGCGUUCCCACUCAAAGCGGAGACAAACGCGUUAUCUUUAUGACUUUAUGUAUUACAACUCUGAUCUCCCGACUGAGAUUGGUGAGGUUGCGACACCACCUUCAGACACCGCAUGGAAUUCUGGCUUCAUUGACACUGUGUUUGAGGUGAAUGAAAAGGUGGAUGUACCAGUAAAUUGCACCAGUACGAUAUUCGCCGAGGAAGACUUGAAGACACGUCUCUCCGCAGUGAUCUGUAGUCCAGAGCCGGACGCGUUUAACCCAUGCGAGGAUGUCAUGGGCUACGAAUGGCUACGGGUCUUCGUCUGGUUCGUGGUGCUGGCUGCGCUCUUCGGCAACAUCACUGUCCUCGUGGUCAUGUUAGGAAACCGUCACAAAUUAAACGUAUCCAAGUUCCUAAUGUGUAACUUAGCCUUCGCUGACCUAACCAUGGGGGUGUACAUUCUAAUCUUAGCUGUUAUCGAUAUAAAGACCCUGAAUCAGUAUUUCAACUUUGCGAUUGCUUGGCAGCACGAAGGAGGAUGCCAAGCUGCGGGCUUUAUUACAAUAUUCGCUUGCGAGUUGUCCAUUUACACUCUGACCGUGAUAACAAUGGAGAGGUGGUACGCAAUAAGCCACGCCAUUCACCUCACCAAACGUCUCCGCAUGUCCCAGGCGGUUGUGAUCAUGGUCUUUGGCUGGUGCCUGUCCCUCUCACUCGCCACAUUGCCGCUAGUCGGCGUUAGUGACUUCGGGGCGACCAGUAUUUGUCUCCCGUUUGACACGGAGACAGUGGUGGACCGGGCCUACGUCAUCAGUAUUCUCGUCACCAACGGGUUAGCUUUCAUUCUGAUCUGUGUUUGUUACCUCCAUAUGUACUGCCAAGUCAAAGGGAACAACUCGACCGCCCGCAGCAAUGACACCACCAUUGCGAAGCGCAUGGCGCUACUCGUCUUCACCAACUUCGUCUGCUGGUCUCCAAUUGCAUUCUUCGCGCUCACUGCUGCUGGCGGCUUGCCGCUCAUUGACAUCACAAACUCAAAGAUAUUACUGGUGUUUUUCUACCCUUUGAACUCUUGCAUGAAUCCAUUCUUAUACGCUAUUUUUACAAAGCAGUUCCGUAAAGACUUUGCAGAUUUGUCAAAACGGGUGAGAAAGUGUGGACACCGACAACGACGGAGUAACCGGUAUUACCAUUCGUCAUCCGGGUAUUCGGGAAUGGCCGCCCGGGUGGCCAAUUCUAGGAACAGUAGCACUAUCGUCCAGACGUGUCCACAGGCGCCGCGACAUCCAUCAGACGUGUCUCUCCUCACUCAAAUGACGGACUAUCAGCGCCAUGUUUCAUUCAGCGUCACACCGAAAACAACCCCAAACUCCUCACCCAAGUCAACCCCUACGUGUAGCAGACGAUAUUUCCCGCCGACGUGUGUUCGCGACGUCCCAAUGGCGGUGCUAGAAAAACUCAUGAUGGAGACUCGGAAGUUGAGCGUGGUUCAAGAAACGGGGAUGAGCGAUAGAGAAUCCACUGGGACUGAGCAGGAAGAGUCUUAUAUCCUAUACGAGCGCACUUAUAGGACUAAGUAUGUCCCAAACGGGGCUCCGCAAGGACACUGCGAUGAUCCUGAAAACUGUCCACACCAUGGGCGUAGCAAAGUCCGUAGUGCGAGCGAGUACAACAUCGGUUAUGAGCUAGCGGAAUCCCAGGACCUUGACGGAAAGGAACAACCGAGCAGGUCCAAGAAUAGUGUGACAGACAGCGGUAUCAUGAUGUUAUGGGACAAGGGCAUGAAUGAUCGCCGCGAGAGCUUAGCGGAAAAUGCCGAGGCAGAGAGGGAUAGUACCGCAGUGACCGAAAACAAUAGGCGUUCAAUGCCUGUUUAUUGAAGUCCGAGAUGCUGAAGGUGUUUUACAGUAUUAUUCGUGUCGCAGACAGUAAAUGGUGCCAAUGAUAUGAAGAGUCCCUCCGCAGGGUCCUCGAUAGAAGCACAGUAGUCUUUCAAUGUUCUCAGCAUCUUGCACCCCGAUUCACAAACCCAAAGGACCCUACUAGCCUACUACAUUCGUCAUGAACCACUUUGAUUUCAAAGUCUUCUCUUUUCCAUCAUGCUUUAGAUAAAAAGAGGUUGUAAGGUUAAACCGAUGCGUGUGUAAUAGGAAUAAGUCUUCCAGGAAAACUGUAAGUGUAAUCUUUGCAUAGCGACAGAGACACAUCACCUUUGAUUAAAGACAAUUGUAAUCAGUCGUCCGCGGCAGUAGGCUUACAAUGAAGGUUUCGAAAGAAAGACAGAAGCUCCUCUUUUAUGAUAUCAAUAACAUGUCCACCUUUUACUGUCCCGAUUCCUUUUCAUCAAAACGUGCUGUAAGCGUCGCAUGUGACUUCCUCAUCUCUCUCAUCAUGUUGUCAACACGGUGGAGCAGCCAGGACUGAUUCGGCCUGGCUGUGACUUCCUCAUCUCUCUCACCAUGUUGACAACUUGGCAGAGCAGCCAAGACUGAUUUGGCCUGGCUGUGACUGUCUCAUCUCUCUCACCAUAAUUAUUGUCAACACGGUGGAGCAGCCAGAACUGAUUCGGCCUGGCUGUGACUGUCUCAUCUCUCUCACCAUAUUAACAACUAGGCAGUGCGGCGAAGACUGAUGCCGCCAGGCUGUGACUGUCUUAUCUCUCUCACCAUAUAGACAACUUGGCAGAGCAGCCAAGAC